CCAGAGUUUCAUUAAGGAUUGAUGAUCCACAAACGCUAAGAACAUCUUUGUUGAUUUGGGUUGGAAGCCGGUGAGAGGCUGUGGGAGCACAUCUGACGUUCUCUCUUCCACCGGAGAAUACCCACCUACUGCGGAGAGUACCCACCUUUUGCGGACAACACCGACCUACUGCGGAGAAUACCCACCUACUGCGGAGAAUACCCACCUACUGCGGAAAAUACACACCUACUGUGGAAAUUACCCACCUACUGUGGAGAAUACCCACCUUCUGCGGAGAAUACCCACCCUCUGCGGAGAAUACCAACCUACUGUGGAGAAUACCCACCUACUGUGGAGAAUACCCACCUACUGUGGAGAACAAUCUUUGAUGCAAUCGAUGCUGCUGCCUCCCUGGAGGGAAUUAUUGCUGAGCCACAGGUGGACCAUGUGACGCCUGACCUUCAAGGACUCCACAAGAUCACAUGUGAGGCUCCUCUCAGGAGGCUGAGCGGCUCAUCAAGCUCUUCAUGAGUAGUUUGCCAGCUCGCACACGCCAUGGCCCAGUGAAGAGGGACCUCCAUCCAUGCUGGCUCUUCGUCCCUGGAGGAGUAGCAUGACUUUGAAGUCCACUGGGAGGCGUGUGUGAGUGGGCCGCUUGACCUCGGAUUAGAUCCUCUGCGAACCGAUGGUGGACUUGCUGUGAGCCUGGACUUGGGACUCAGCAGUGGAGGAUGUCUGCAGAGGCUGAGCUCCAGCCGGGUGUCAAAACCAGCCAGCGGAGGGAGUCCAGGAGGAUCAAAGGUCAGGACCGCAGCGAGGCGGGGCUUAUUAAGCGUUUCCGUGGAGACGGCGUGCGCUACAAGGCCAAGCUGAUCGGGAUAGACGAGGUGACGGCGGCACGCGGGGACAAGCUGUGUCAGGACUCCAUGAUGAAGCUGAAGGGUAUGGCGUCGUCCGCACGUUCCAAAGGCGAGCACAAGCAGAGAGUCUUCUUGACCGUCUCCUUCAGCGGGAUCAAGAUCUACUGCGAGCGAUCAGGGGUGCUUCUGCAUCAGCACUCGGUCCAUGAAAUCAGUUACAUCGCCAAGGACACCAGAGACCACCGAGCCUUUGGCUACGUGUGCGGCAAGGAGGGCCACCACCGCUUUGUGGCCAUCAAGAGCGCACAGUCGGCGGAGCCGGUCAUCAUGGACCUGCGAGACCUCUUCACUCUCAUCUACGACAUGAAGCAGCGGGAGGAGGUGGAGAAGAAGGCCCAGAAGGACAAACACUGUGAGCAGGUGGUGUACCAGACCAUCCUGGAGGACCAAGUGGACGACCCGGUGUACCAGUACAUAGUCUUUGAGGCUGGACACGAACCACUGGGUGGCCCCCAGUCAGAGGAGAGCGUUUAUCAGGUCCCAAGCAGUCAGCAGAAGGACGGGAUCUAUGACGUCCCGAAACGCCAUUUCAUGACUAACAUUAACCACUUUGAUCUUUUCGGAGACAUGUCCACCCCUCCCUCGAUGCCUCCAUCGCCCGCCAACACGCUGGACCCGAGCAGGAUCAGCCGCCAGCAGCACAACCCUGCCGACAUGUACGCCCCCUUCAACCCCACCUCGGUGCCGUCAGGUUACAUGACCAUGGGCCCCAUGCAGGCAUCCCAGUGGGCACAGCAGCCCUUUACUGGCCAGCCUCAGACGUUAGCCUUCCCUGUGCAGGGGCCUCUCCAGGUGGCCCAGGUCCUCCCCGGAGGUCAGCCCCUCAUCUGGAGCCAGGCCAACAUUUUCCGAGCCACGCAGCAGCAGUGGGCGGCCAUGGCGGCCUACGUGCCCGGCCAGACCGUGGGGGGCCACGCCAUCCCGGCUGCCAUGCUCCAAGGCCUGCUGCCCGUCACCGCCGUGUGCCCCCAAGCCUGCGACCUCUCCGCCCCCUCCUCGGCCAUCACCAGCCCCCAGCACGUGGCCGACCCCGCCCUGGUGGAGAGGCAACUUAGUCUGGGGCAAGACGGUUUGGGCGUGGACUUUGAUGCCGGUGAGGGCCCGUCUACGUCAGGAUUGGUGCCGGGGAGCGGGUGUGGCCCUCUUGGCGCGGCGGACACCCUCAUGUGCAGUCAUGUGUUGCCCCCCCCUGUGGCUGUGACACUGGAGGAGGAAGAUCUGGAUCCUUCUGGCAUGACCUUGAGUCCUGGUACCUCCACUGAGUCACCGUCUAGUCAACAGACCUCAGACAUGCCAGCUGCCUCAGUGUGCCACCUCCAGACACAUCUUUCCCUUCUAGACUGUGAGGGCCACUCCAGCCUGGCCAAGGAGGACUGUGGUGCGGCCAGGUCAGGGUCUCUCCGUGAUCCAGGUGAGGACCAGACCUUGGGAUGUUGCCAUCUGCUGGUGGGACUGACCAGUGCACUCUUCUUCCAGGAGACGGAGCCUCUGAAGGUCACAAAGGGUUUUCAAUCAUUUAACGAGUACUGUGAGAACUUGUCACCAUGGCGACCAGCCCGUGGUCCAGUCAAUGAUGUUUGUUUACCUGCCAUGAAAGAGGCUCCACCAUGUUGGUCACCGCAUCCCAUGAUGCUUUGUGCCAGGGGACGGUUGUGUUUGUGGCGCUGGGUCUUCACUUCCACGCUCAGCUUGGUCAUUCUCAGCAGUGGAGCUGACGUCACAGCAGCCAGCCAUGAGGAUCCAGGUGUCCGUGAAGCUCGCUCGGUGGGCAAACGGGUGCUCCUUCAGCCGGUGGACUGUGUCCUGUCCGAGUGGAGUCCAUGGUCACAGUGUGAUGUCUGUCAGAAGAAAAGGUAUCGCUUUGCCAAAGUGGAGCAGCCAGCACAGUUUGGAGGGCAGCCAUGUGGUCUUGACGGGAGGGAGGAGGAACCCUGCCAGGUUCCAGCCAGAUACACCUGCAACAACAUUCCUCCCUGUGAAGGUUUCUUCUGCAGCCAAACAGGUCGCUGUAUUCCAAGAACACUGCAGUGUAACGGGGAGGACGACUGCUCCGACAUGGCAGACGAGGCAGGCUGCAGCAUGCGGCAGACGCCCUGCAGACACCAGGCGGAGGAGUACUGGGGCAUCGAGAACCUUGCCAAAGGAAUCAACAUCUUGGACAGCCAGCUGCAAGGAGUCGUGUUGGACAACCGCUACUACGCAGGAGGUUGUCUACCACACUACAUCCAGGACGUGGCCUUCAGGAAGCCUCAUAACCUGCAACACUACACCCUGCAGACAAAAGGCUCCUUGGACUUCACCCUGGAGGAGUUCCAGUCCUACUCGGACUACAUGGAGCACACCAUCCGUGAGAGGAUGACCCAGACCUCGGUGACCUUUGGUUUUGCCAUCCCAGGUAUUGUGGAGUUUGGCUUCAACCACAGCAAGGCCAAAUACACCAAGUGGGUCCAGAAGGUCCGCCGUGCUUCAGGCAAGACCCACAGCUUCAUAAGGGCCAAAGCGGAGCUGGAGUUGGCCCAGUACAUGGUCAAGUCCGACAACCUGAUGCUGCACGCUGACUUCCUGCAGCGCCUGAGAUCUUUGCCCCAGUCCUACGUGUACGGCCAGUACAGGCAGGUCUACAGAGACUACGGGACACACUACAUCACGGAGGCCGCCCUGGGAGGGGACUAUGAGUACACCAUGGUCCUGGACAAGGAGAAGCUGAAGGAGACGGUCUACACUCUGACGGACUAUAAGAAGUGUGUCCAGUCGGGCUUUAAGGUGGGCGCCAACAUCUAUGGCGUCUACGUGUCUGCGGGCUACCAAGGUGGCUCCUGCAAUGGUCUCCUGAACGAGAUGGGAGAGGACACCACCCUGGGCAGCGUGGUGGAGGACACCGUGUCACUGGUGAGAGGUGGUAGUAGCCAGGCCAUCACUGCCCUGGUCUCCCACAGGCUGCCCAGUCCUCAGCUCAUGAGGCUCUGGGGGGAGGGGGUGCGCUUCAACCCAGACUUCCUUCGUACAACGACGCGACCUCUGUACGAGCUGGUGACCUCCAGAGACUUCACCUUGGACCAGGCCUUGAAGAGGAACCUGAAACGAGCCUUGCUGGAGUACCUGGAAGAGGCCAGCUCCUGUCGCUGUGCUCCGUGUCACAACAAUGGUGUGGCCGUCCUGCGAGGCAGCAGAUGUGACUGUGUGUGUCCUGUCGGCUACAGCGGACUGGCCUGUGAGGUCACUGGCAGACAGACAGAAAUGGCCAGGGAUGGCAACUGGAGCUGCUGGGCUUCCUGGUCUUCCUGCAGUGGAAGAAGCAAGACCAGGAUUCGGCAGUGUACCAACCCGGCACCAGAACAUGGCGGCCUGCCCUGCCGAGGUGUGCAGCAGGAGUCAACAGAGUGUUUUUGAACAGGUCCUGGUCCUGGUCCUGGUCCGGGUCCACCUGCCUCAAAGUCUAUUAAACCUCCUUCCAUUCAAAUGUUCUUUG